CCCGGCACUCUGCCAACCUUGGCCAGCAUAGUUAAUCAAGCCCAGCGGGACUCCUCGGCCGAGUUGCUGAAGAAGGUUCUGGCACAGCAGGAAGUGCCGGAGGAUGGGGAAAAGACCGGAGGCGGGGGGAAGCCGCCACCUUCACCGGCGCCGAGUGCGGCCACUACGCUGACUGAGAUGAAGCCGGAGAAAAUUGGUUUUGACACGCCCGAGGUGAUUGAAGCCAUCUUCAUGCACUGUCUCAUUUGGACUAUGGCAGGGCCACUGAAGCUGGAAGAUCAGUAUAUCGUCGAUGAGGCCAUCAAGACCCUCUCCGGACUGCCCAACCUGGAUGAAGGCGAGGGCAUGCCCUCUGUGAACCCCGGUGUUAUUCCAAGUCAUUUCCCUCACCUCCUGGACUAUAUGUUUGACUUGGAGGAGUUCAAGUGGGUAGCUUGGCGUCGUCUUGUUCCGGAGUAUGUCUACCGAAAUGACCUACCAUAUCCCGAGAUUCUGGUACCCACCGUGGAGACGGUGCGGCUGGAAUGGAUCUUGAAAGAGAACUUCCUGCUGAAUCGGCCGAUUCUGAUUGUCGGCGACACGGGAACCAGCAAGACGGCAACAGCUCUGGCCACCAUUCAAAGUUUGAAUCCGGAGACUACCACCUCGUUGGUAAUUAACUUCUCCUCCAGGACGACAGCAAAGGAUGUCCUCCGAAGCUUGAAUGCGAACGUUGAAAAGCGGUCAAAGGGUGUUUAUGGUCCAAUGCCUGGCAAGAAACUCAUUGUCUUCAUUGAUGACCUGAACAUGCCCCAGGAAGAUACAUACGGCACCCAGCAGCCCAUUGCCCUGAUGCGGAUGAUACUAGGUCGCGGUGGGUUAUUCGAACAGGGCAAGGACUUGGUGUGGCGAUCGCUGAAAGACAUGACAUAUAUGGGUGGCAUGGGUCCGCCUGGCGGUGGCCGACGCUCUCUAGAUCCCAGAUUCACUUCCUUCUUCUCCCUCUUCUACUGCCUCCAACCCUCGGCGGACAGUUUAACCAAGAUCUUUGGCAGCAUUAUCUCGGGCUACUUUUCAAACGGCUUCUCUAAGAAGCUUCAGAGUAUGGUUGAGGGUCUCACACAAAUGAGCAUUGAAUCGUACUUUAUCAUAAAAGAGAAGAUGCUACCGACACCGGCAAAAUUCCACUAUACCUUCAAUCUUCGAGACAUUUCUCGUCUCUUCCAGGGAAUGUGCCAGGCCUCUCCUGAUCGUUUCAAGGGGCCAAAGAAAAUUCUUCGUCUCUGGCGUCAUGAGGCCCUGCGCUCUUAUUAUGAUCGUCUAAUUAACGAUACUGACAGAAACACUGUCAUGGGUAUUCUACACGAAACGAUGGACAAGUACUUCCCGGGCGAUAUUGCGUAUGCUCUCAUGGAUCCGCUAAUUUUUGGUGAUUAUUGGUCAGCAGCGCUUGAAGAGGAGACCAAAUUCUACGAAGAUAUUCAGGACUAUGACGUAUGCAAGGCUGUCGCCGAAGAGGUAUGUGCCUUUAUACUCCUCCCCAUCCCCACUCCACCCUCCACCCACGAGACUGACAGCUGCGUGCCUGAAUUCCUAGUAUAG